AUGAUGCCGGCGGAGGCCCAGCCUUCGGCCCUGAGCCUGGGGGAGAAGGCCAUGUGCAAGGUGGUCUAUGGCGCUCCCCGGCCCCACCCGCUGCUGCUGCCUGUGGGCCUGGAGCUGUGGCUGUACGUGCAGCGGAUGCGAAACCUGCGGCGGAGCAGGAUGGAGGCCUCCUGCCUGGAGCUGGCCCUGGAGGGAGAGCGGCUGUGCAAGGCUGGGGACUUCAAGGCUGGCGCGGCCUUCUUCGAGGCGGCCGUGCAGGUGGGCACUGAGGACCUGAAGACGUUGAGCGCCAUCUACAGCCAGCUGGGCAACGCAUACUUCUACGUAAAGGAGUACCCACGGGCGCUGGCCUACCACAAGCAUGACCUGCUGCUGGCCAGGACCAUUGGCGACCGCAUGGGGGAGGCCAAGGCCAGCGGGAACCUGGGCAACACCCUCAAGGUCCUGGGCCGCUUCGAUGAGGCCAUCGUCUGCUGCCAGCGGCACCUGGACAUUGCCCAGGAGCAGGGGGACAAGGUCGGGGAGGCACGUGCUCUCUACAACAUCGGCAACGUGUACCACGCCAAGGGCAAGCACCUGUCCUGGAGCACCACUCAGGACCCUGGGCACCUGCCGCCCGACGUGCGGGAGACACUGCGCAAGGCCUCUGACUUCUACGAGAGGAACUUGUCCCUGGUGAAGGAGCUAGGGGACCGGGCGGCCCAGGGCAGGGCCUAUGGCAACCUGGGCAACACCCAUUAUCUGCUGGGGGACUUCCCGGAGGCUGCUGCUUUCCACAAGGAGCGUCUUGCCAUUGCCAAGGAGUUUGGUGACAAGGCGGCUGAGAGGCGGGCCUACAGCAACCUGGGCAACGCCCACAUCUUCCUGGGGCGCUUCGACGUCGCAGCUGAGUACUACAAGAAGACGCUCCAGGUGUCCCGGCAGCUCCGAGACCCGGCAGUGGAGGCCCAGGCCUGCUACAGCCUGGGCAACACCUACACGCUGCUGCAGGACCACGAGCGAGCCGCUGAGUACCACCUGCGCCACCUGCUCAUUGCCCAGGAGCUGGCCGACAGAGUGGGUGAGGGCCGGGCUUGCUGGAGUCUGGGGAACGCCUACGUGUCCAUGGGGAGCCCCGCACAGGCCCUGACCUUUGCCAAGAAACACCUGGAGAUCUCCCAGGAGAUUGGGGACCGCACCGGUGAGCUCACGGCCCGCAUGAACGUGGCACAGCUGCAGCUGGUUCUGAGCCGGCUGACCAGCCCGGCGGCCGCGGAGAAGCCUGACCUGGCUGGCUACGAGGCCCAAGGAGCCAGGCCCAAGAGGACACAGCGACUGAGCUCAGAGACUUGGGACCUGCUGAGGCCCCCCCUGGAGCGGGAGCAGAAUGGAGACAGCCACCACGCGGGGGACUGGCGGGGGCCAAGCCGGGACUCGCUCCCCCUGCCGGUAAGGAGCAGGAAGUACCAGGAGGGGCCGGACGCCACUGAGCGGAGGCCCCGGGAGGGUAGCCACUCCCCACUGGACAGCGCAGACGUCCGGGUGCAGAUGCCUCGAGCGAACCUCCCUCGGACCCUGUCCUCGGACGAAGAGUUCUUCUUUGACCUGCUCAGCCAGUCACAGAGCAGCCGCAUGGAUGACCAGCGCUGUCCCCUGGAGGACGGCCAGGCUGGGGCCGCCCCCACGUUGGAGGAGUGCAUCGCCCAGUCCUCGCUGACGGCCUCCCCGCAGACUGAGGAGCUCUUUGACCUCAUUGCCAGCUCUCAGAGCCGCCGGCUGGAUGACCAGCGGGCCAGCGUGGGCAGCCUGCCCGGGCUUCGUAUCACCCACAACAACCUGGGCCACCUGUGUGGGGACGGCGAGCCCCCCGAGCCCGGGGACGAGUUCUUCAACAUGCUCAUCAAGUGCCAGUCCUCCAGGAUUGACGACCAGCGCUGCCUGCCGCCCGCGGUGCUGCCCCGAGGCCCCACCGUGCCCGACGAGGACUUCUUCAGCCUCAUCCAGAGGGUGCAGGCCAAGCGCAUGGACGAGCAGCGGGUGGACCUCGCCGGCAGCCCUGAGCAGGAGGCCCCCGCACCACCCGAAGCCCAGCAGCAGGGCCCGCCCGGCACCAGCUAA